CCUGCCCAGCCCACAUAAAUUAGUAAUCAAGCGACACAAAGGCCAAACGCCAAAGGCCAAAGGCCAGAGGCCAGAAGCUGAGCUCCAUCUGGGAGCUGGGAAGGAAACUAAUAAGACGACUUAUUCUUAUUGAAAUUAUGAUUAAUGACGGGAAUAUUGCACGGCAACAGCGAAGGGUAAAUCAAGGCAUUGUGCGGCACUAGCGGUGCUACGCGAUGAUGAACACAAUGAUCCAGAUGAUGAUGAUGAGCAGCAGCAGCAGCACCAGCAGCACCAGCAGCAGCAGCAGGUUAGUGCUGUGUCGCCACCACCCCCUGACGAAUUGAAACCGCAAUUCUGGAACACAGAGAACCCCGUUUGAUGGCUUCGUCCGUGCCGGAGUACGUUGCAGCCGCAGCGGCAGCUCGACGGCGACGCCAUCAGAGCAACCACCGUACCACACUGAUCUCCACCGCCACACUGACGCUGCUGAUACUCUUCCUCAGCAGCUGGGUGGCCUAUGCAGCGGCCAAGGCGGCCACCACGGUUCCACCGCGGCUCGAGGAGAGCGGCACGGAGUCGGAGUCGGUGACGGACUUCAACAGCAGCAGCGCCUUCCUGGGAGCCGUGGCAGCCGCUUCGUCCUCGGCAGCCUCCGCGGCUGCCUUUACCGCGACGACAGCGCUGCCAUAUCCAUACUCCGCAUCGCUCAACAGCAGUCCCGUGGCCAUCAUAGCCCAUCAGGGGAUAACCAGCAGCAUCACGGACAACAACGCCACUCUGGGGCCGCUCUCGGACACCCCGUUGCUGAUUGAGGAGUUCGCGGCCGGGGAGUUUGUCCUGCCGCCGCUGCAGUCCAUCUUCGUGAGCCUUGUCCUGCUGAUUGUCAUCCUGGGCACCGUGGUGGGCAAUGUGUUGGUCUGCAUCGCCGUGUGCAUGGUGCGGAAGCUGCGGCGUCCCUGCAACUACCUGCUCGUCUCCCUGGCCCUCUCCGACCUGUGCGUGGCCCUGCUCGUGAUGCCCAUGGCCCUGCUGUACGAGGUGCUGGAGAAGUGGAACUUCGGUCCGCUGCUCUGCGACAUCUGGGUGUCCUUCGACGUCCUCUGCUGCACCGCCUCAAUCCUGAACCUGUGCGCCAUCUCCGUGGACCGCUACCUGGCCAUCACCAAGCCCCUGGAGUACGGCGUGAAGCGGACGCCCCGCCGCAUGAUGCUCUGCGUGAUGGUUGUGUGGCUGGCCGCCGCCUGCAUCUCGCUGCCGCCGCUGCUGAUCCUGGGCAACGAGCACGAGGACGAGGACGGAAUGCCCAUCUGCACGGUGUGCCAGAACUUCGCAUAUCAGAUCUAUGCCACGCUGGGCUCCUUCUACAUCCCGCUGUCCGUGAUGCUGUUCGUCUACUACCAGAUCUUCAGGGCUGCCCGCCGCAUCGUCCUCGAGGAGAAGCGAGCCCAGACCCAUCUCCAGAAGGCGCUCAACGGCAAGGGAUCGCCCACAGCCGCCGAUCCGCCGCCGGGACACACGGAGCUGGUCAGCGGCAACGGGCAACGGCACAGCAGCGUCGGCAACACCUCCCUCACGUACUCCACCUGUGGGGGACUCAGCAGUGGCGGCGGGGCCAUCACUGGCGGACCGUCGGGCGGUCAUCACGGCGGCCACCAUGGCAGCGGGGGCGGUGCGAGCGGCUCCACGGGCCUCCUGGGGUCGCCGCACCACAAAAAGCUCCGCUUCCAGCUGGCCAAGGAGAAGAAGGCAUCCACCACGCUGGGCAUCAUCAUGUCGGCCUUCACCAUCUGUUGGCUGCCCUUCUUCAUCCUGGCGCUCAUCCGGCCGUUCGAGACGAUGCACGUGCCGCCCUCGCUCUCCUCCCUCUUCCUGUGGCUGGGCUACGCCAACUCGCUGCUGAACCCCAUCAUCUACGCCACCCUCAACCGCGACUUCCGCAAGCCCUUCCAGGAGAUCCUCUACUUCCGCUGCUCCAGCCUGAACACGAUGAUGCGGGAGAACUACUACCAGGAUCAGUACGGCGAGCCGCCCUCGCAGCGGGUGAUGCUGGGCGAUGAGCGUCACGGCGCCCGAGAGAGUUUUCUCUAAGGCUGGGAUGCUGCUCCCGGGCCAUCUUUGCUCACUCACUCCAACACACACACACACACACACACACACACACACACACACAUUUAGUUGUACGCACACACCAGCACCCUAACGGAUAGAAUAAGAAGAAGAGUAUUUGUAUGUAGUAGUGUUAGUAGUGCACCGCCCCGCCCCGCCCCGCCUAGGACCACACUAUACAUGCAUACACACGUGUGUAGGUGCGAUAUAUGUAGACGACUCCUCUAAACGUAACUCGUUGUUGUAAUUUUAACAGGUAGAACUAUAAGUAUCCACACGUACACAUACACACACACGGUUGUAACUGUGACAGGUUUCUACGGUUCCUUUUAUGUUUCGAAAACAAUCAGCACCGGAAAUGAGCCACAAUCGUUAUCGAAUCUAUUGAUAUCCAUCCUCCCAUCCUCC